UCCCAACGUAACCUUCCACAUUACAUGAAACGCAAUAUGCAGAGGGGCUUUUCAUCAAAGGGUUAAACAGGAUUCCGGUCCUCCGAGCGGCGGAUAGAGGUGUCAGUGGUGCAGUCUCUGAACGGCAUCUGCGGACACACGUCUGACCAACUUCAUCUGCGCGCACUCAGCCGCUACCUGGCGUAAACAAUGGCGGAGCGGAACGGGCACGGCGGCGGCCAGGCGUAAAACUGGAGGGAAAUCCGCGUCAGGUUUUAAGUGUUCGGACACCCCCGGGGGGAGGGUACAGCGAGAUGAACAGCCCGAUCGCAACCCCCGGCAGGGCUGCGGAGUACCUAAACGAGCUAAACAAGAUCAUCGACACGCAACAGGACCUGCUGGAGAAGCAGAAGCAGCGGAUCGAGGAGCUGGAGCUGCAAGUGUCCGUGCUGUGCCGCGAGAAUGUCUGUCUGACCGAACAGCACCUGCGGCACCUGGCGACCUGCCGUCUGCAGCUGGGCAGCACUCCCUGCACGCUAGGAGCCAUCAAGGAAAACGUGAUACAGGAAAAUGUGGAAGGUGAUGGUCCAGGUGAUGAGAUGGGUGCAUCUCUGGACGGUGGUGACGGGUACGGUCAUGGUCCUGUGACUCCCCUGACCUCAGACCGCUAUGACCCCCCACUGUACGAGCAUCCGACGUUGCCGGGGCAACAGCGCCCCAGGCGGCCCAAACUGCAGCACUCCCAGUCCAUCCUGCGUAAACAGGCUGAGGAAGAGGCCAUCAAACGCUCACACUCCCUGUCCGAGAGCUACGAGCUCUCCACCGAGCUGCAGGACAAGCAGGUGGAGAUUCUGGAGCGUAAGUACGGCGGCCGCCUGGUCACCCGGCACGCGGCACGCACCAUCCAGACAGCCUUCCGCCAGUAUCAGAUGAACAAGAACUUCGAGCGCCUGCGCAGUUCCAUGUCCCGGCGCAUCGUCCUGUCCAACAUGCGCAUGCAGAUGACCGUGGAGGGGCCUGACAGGGGCCACGCCUCCUACUUCGAGGGCCCCCAGGGGCCGCUGGUUGAUAAGGACAGUAAGGGUGGGGUGCUGGGGCAGUCUGAGUGUGGGGGCCCCAGCGGGGACACCCCCGGAAUGCAGAGCGACUUCACCGACUCCGUCUCUGAGCUGGAGGAUGUGUUCUCCAGGCAGGUGAGGUCUUUGGCUGAGUCCAUCGACGACGCCCUGAACUGUCACGCCCUGCAGUCAGAGGGGGGGCCCACGGAGGAGGUCAGAGGUCACGGAGCGGGAGCCAAGCAUCAGCGUGACAGGGACAACACCGCCUCCUCCUACAGCGACGUUACUCUGUUCAUCGAUGAAGAGGACGCGUCCCAGCCCCUCCCCCCGACCUCCAGCGACGAAUCUGACCUGCGUUUCCCCGCAGGCCACGCCCCCCAGGGGCUCUGGCCCCGCCCACAGGCAGACGAGGGCGGGGAUACAGACACCAGCUGCCCCAGCACCCCCCCGCUGGAGCGUCAGGACCCGAGGCUGAGGGUGGACCAACCAGCCAGUGACCGCGCGGUCAAGCUCAGCGACCGCUCCACUCGAGCAUCACUGAAGGGGCAGGGUGGCUCCAAACACAUCUCCCACGGGGCACCCCCGCGAGGACCGUCCCGGGACGACGACCCCGCCCACUUCCGCCGCCGCCAGCUGGAGGGCCGCUUAGCAGACAGGCAGAGCCGCUCGGAGUCCGACUUCUCUGACGGCGACAACGACAGCGCCAACAGCACCUCCAACUCCAAUGACACCAUCAACUGCAGCUCGGAGUCCUCGUCCCGCGACAGUCUGAGGGAGCAGGUGCUCAGCCGGCAGAGCUACCACAAGGAGACCCGCAACAGCUGCGACUCGCCCGCCUUCAGCAACGACAUCAUCCGCAAGAGACACUACAGGAUCGGCCUCAACCUCUUCAACAAGAAGCCAGAGAAGGGAAUCCAAUACCUGACAGAGAGGGGAUUCGUUCCUGACACACCUGUGGGCGUGGCUCACUUCCUGCUCCAGAGGAAGGGCCUGAGCCGGCAGAUGAUUGGAGAGUUUCUGGGAAACCGGCAGAAGCAGUUCAACAGGGACGUCCUGGACUGUGUGGUGGAUGAAAUGGACUUCUCCUCCAUGGAGCUGGACGAGGCUCUGCGGGAGUUCCAGGCCCAGAUCAAAGUGCAGGGAGAGGCGCAGAAAGUGGAGAGACUCAUCGAGGCCUUCAGCCAGCGUUACUGCGUGUGUAACCCGGGGGUCAUGCGCCAGUUCAGAAACCCGGACACCGUCUUCAUCCUGGCCUUUGCUAUCAUCCUCCUCAACACAGACAUGUACAGCCCCAACGUCAAACCCCAAAGGAAGAUGAAACAGGAGGACUUCAUCAAGAAUCUGAGAGGAGUGGAUGAUGGUGAGGAUAUUCCUGGGCCCACUCUGAUUGGUAUUUACCAGCGCAUUCGCGCCCGAGAGCUGAAGACUAAUGAGGACCACGUGUCCCAGGUGCAGAAGGUGGAGAAACUGAUCGUGGGCAAAAAAACGAUGGGCUCUUUGCACCAGGGGCUGGGAUGUGUUUUGUCUCAGCCCCACCGAAGGCUCGUCUGUUACUGCCGGCUUUUUGAAGUUCCAGACCCAAACAGGCCGCAGAAGCUGGGCUUGCAUCAGCGCGAGAUCUUCCUCUUCAAUGACCUCCUGUUGGUGACAAAGAUCUUCCAGAAGAAGAAGAACUCAGUGACAUACAGCUUGAGACAGUCGUUCUCCCUGUACGGAAUGCAGGUGUCACUGUUUGAUAACCAGUACUACCCUCAUGGGAUCCGGCUCACCUCGGCCAUCCCAGGGGCCGACAUCAAAGUUCUCAUCAACUUCAACGCCCCCAACCCCCAAGACCGCAAGAAGUUCACCAGCGACCUGCGGGAAUCCAUCGCUGAGGUGCAGGAGAUGGAGAAGUACAGGAUAGAGUCGGAGAUUGAGAAGCAGAAGGGGGCAGUGCGGCCCAGCAUGUCCCAGAGCUGCGGUCUGAAGAGGGAGGGGGGCAGCGGAACCCUGAGCCGCACCAGCCUGGACGACAGCUACGCCAUGGGGGAGGGGCUGAAGAGGAGCGCACUCAGUAGCUCCCUGCGGGACCUCUCAGACACAGGAGGCCGUGGCUGCAGGGCGGGAUCUCUAGACAGCAGCGCGGAAGGGGCCACCAUUAGCAGUCCAUCGGGCCGCCGAAGAGACUCCACCCGCCGCAAGCGCCAGCCUCACAGCCGCCCUGCUGCCCCCUCCUCUCUCCAGGAGAUCCUCUUCGGCGGGAAAAAAAGAGAGCCCUACCAGCAGGGCCAUGCCCCUCUGUUUCAGCGUAGCCACACCCCACUGCUCGCGCAACCCAUCCUCAUCUCUCACACGCCCCGCCCCUACAUGCCCCACCACGCCCGCCAGAGCGAGAGCCACACCCAGGUCCAGAUCCGCACAAACCCCUCCCUGUACCGGCACUCCCACCACCUGGUCCACCGGUCCUCUCAGCAGUACCACCCCUACCACCGGAGGCAACAGAGCCUGGGCUCCCAGCAUGCCUUUCACCACCCCGCCCCCAGGCCCAAACGUCUCAGCACAGUCGUGUGACGCUCGUGGGGCAGUGAGGGGCUGCAGUGAAGUAGCUCGCCUGCAGGGGGCAGCACCAUAGUGUGCUCAGCUGUUUGGGGGAGGAGACAGCGUGAGGAAGGCACCAUGAUUCCGCGCUUCCAUUUUACUGAGCAGAGAGGUGGACUUACCUACUGGCAUCACCUGCUUUCUCCAGCAGGGGGUGCUAAUCUGAUCUCUACAGCGUUUCUUCACAUUUCCUCCCUGUGUUAACUGCUCCGCCCUCCCCACAGAGCCUCAGCCAAUCAGGGACAGCAGGGGACAGGUACAGACACACCAUUGCUCCUGUUGCCAUAGCGAUGGCACCUCAGUUGACUUUUUACCAGCACCAUUCCGGGACUUGCUUGCGUGUGUUCCCAGAAACCUCCUUUUUUUCCUGUUUUAUUUACUCUAGGUUUGUGUGUUUACAUCCUGUUAGAGCAGAGUGUGAUUAAAUAUGACGUUUACCAGAAAAACAGACAGGUUCCCCACCGGAGCAAAACCCCUGAGAUACAGACUCAGACACACUUACCCCAGCCUUUCGUGUAGCUGCAGGUUCCAGCCAGCCGUUAGAGGUCAUAGUUGAAUGUGCCAAUUAUUAAAGCAUUUGUGCUUUUUCUGUGUUUCAAAAUCACCGUAUGUAUCUCAUGCAUCAAUGACUGCACAUGAACUCAAAUAUAGCCAGCAGUUUUCCCUUUCAUUUCAUAUUUUCUCACAGCAUAUUUUUGUUUCCUUUGAUUCAAAACGGAAUUCCUUGUUCAACAACAAAAAAGAAACACCUGUAAUUCUGUUUGGCUCAGUUUGGUCACACUGAGAAAUUAGCUCCUUCCAGGCUAGCGCUAACAUGGCAUUAAACAGAAGAGGUUUUUGUCGGGUUGACAUACCCUCGAUCAUCUGGCUCUUGCAGAAGAGCCCCAGGAAACCGCUGCCCAUGUGCACACACUGAGGGGUUUCCGUUCUGGACCAGGCUACCUCUCUACCAGCAUUAUUUCUCACAACCUUUUUAAAAGUGGAAUUAAAAGGAAAAACAUGCCAAACCUGACUGUAACAUGCUCUAAAAGGCACAUGUCCACAUCUAGAUCAACUGGUUCAUGUUCGCCGCAGAUGUAAGUGAAAUAGCCCGUGUCGUUAAUUGAGUAAACCCUCACAAGACACGGUCUUUUGUAGAUUUCACAAAAUGUCACUUCUUUGGCUCCCCCUACAGGUGAGAGGAGGGGUGUGCAGUGGUGACAACAGAGAUCAGGAGUGUAGCUUUCUCGAUUAAAAUGAGAGUUCGACAGCUUCAGCACAGUGGCAAGUUUUCAUCUUUCCUUACCUACAUAUAACAGGGAUACCAGUUUAGGGACCUCAGAGUGUGGUUUGUUUUUUUUUUUUUU